ACCCGGUACGACAACCGCGCCAAUCGGUUCAUUUCGGAGUUGUUCUCUGAGUCUGGUGGACGUCACCGACAAAAAGGUCGCACGAUGGCGUCGCUUUUCACUCUCGUCGGUGUGUUACUUUCGCUCGGUGUGCUGGUGAAUGGAGCAAACAUACUCUGCCUGAUGGGAGUUGCUAGUCCCAGUCAUCAUAUCUGGAAUCGAGCAAUCAUGGAUGGGCUAGCACGGCAGGGACACAAUCUUACCAUACUGUCAGCUGAUGUGGAACAGAACCAACCAAGCAAUGUGCACUACGUACAUCUGGAGGAGAUCUAUCCCACGCUCUACUCUGGCCCGGAGUCGAUCGACCUGAUGGAGAUGGCGAACGAAAAUCUGUUCAAAAGUAUCAUCUCGUUCUAUCGUGACUUUGUGGUGCACGAGUGUGCAGGAACUCUCAAAUCGAAAGGACUGCGGCGCGUAAUGGACUAUCCGGAUGAGUUUCGGUUCGAUCUUGUACUGCACGAUUUUACCUGUGGACCGUGUCUGCUCGGUUUGCUGCACAAGUUCAAGUAUCCUCCGUUGGUUAGUGUGACCGCGUUCAAUAAUCCGCCGUACUCGACGGAGGUGAUCGGUGGACACAAGUUCUACUCGUACGUACCGUUCUACUCGCUCAGCUACGGUACCGACAUGAGUUUCUUCCAGCGCAUCCACAACACGCUGCUCAGUCUCACCGAUAUGUUCUAUCGGAACUGUAUCUCCAAUCCGCGAAUCGAUGGGAUGAUGCGGGAAUACUUCCGGUACGACGAUCUGCCCUACGCUCCCGAGCUUCACAAGCGUUCCAAGCUUAUGCUGGUCAAUGCUCACUACUCGAUCGAUUUCCCCGAAGCUUCCCCACCGAACCUGAUCCCCGUCGGUGGUCUGCAGAUACGUGAACCUGCGCCACUACCCACCGAUCUGGAGCAGUUUAUCAAUGGAAGCCGUAAGGGCGCUGUACUGUUUUCGCUCGGGACGAACAUCCGUAGCGAUCAGCUGGACAGUGGUCGGCAGCGUAUGAUCAUCGAUGCGCUACGCCAGCUGCCAGACUAUCAUUUCCUGUGGAAGUUCGAAACGGACCUAACGAUUCCGUUGCCGAAAAAUGUGAUCGUACGACCGUGGAUGCCACAGAACGAUCUGCUAGCGCAUCCAAAGAUGAAAGCGUUCGUAACGCACGCAGGACUGCUGAGCACGCACGAAGCCACCUGGUACGGGGUACCGAUCGUGGGCAUUCCGUUCAUAGCGGAUCAACAUAGGAAUCUAGAACAUUGCGUGCGAGCUGGAGUAGCAAAGCGUGUUGCUUUCCAAACAAUGACCACGGAAGAGUUGCGCAACGCGAUCAGAGACGUCCUGGAGGAUCCUAAGUAUCGCACCAAUAUGGCGGCACAGUCGGCACUGUUUCGUGAUCAGCCAGAGAAACCGCUGGCCCGUGCCAUAUGGUGGAUCGAAUGGGUUCUGCGCCAUCCCAAUGCAACGCAACUCCAAUCGCCAGCUUUGAAGUUGGGAUUCUUCAAGACUUACCUCCUUGAUGUGGCUCUGUUUUUCGGUGCGAUUGUUGUAUUGAUUGGAUUGCAGAUAAGAAAAUGGUUGACCAAGCCGCGUAAAGUUUCCGACGGUAAGAAGCGCAAUUAGGGAAGAAAGAUUCAAGACACUAGCUGCUUUAAGAGUCAGUAUUCAGGGAGUAUAAGUAAGCAACGCUGACUGCCUUGUUAAUGAAUGCAUGUUUAAUUUUUAAAUACAUUUUUUAUUGAAAUACAUUUGGGUUAAUGGAUACAGUUCCUUGACGAGUUCCAUGAA